AUGACCAUUCGAAAACGAGUAGCUCCUGACGAAAAUCGCCGUCAGGAGCGCGCAAAGGCUGAGGCGGAAUGGGCAACUCAGAAGGACGAGAUGGACUGUGAAGGCCUCUACGUAAAUUUCGGUAUCAAUCGAGAGUAUUUCACCACGGCCUUCGUUGACUGUGGUUGCCUGUGUUAUGGGACCAUCAGUGAGCGCCUUGCCCGCAAGCUUCACCUGCCGCGUAUUCCGAUUAAACCUCGAGCGUUGGAGCAGGUCAACACAUUCUCACCCGAGGCCAUCUGUGCCGUGACCUACUUCGACUUCGAUAUCGACGGGUACCAGAAGAAAAGAGCUUUUUUCUACGUUGUGCGAGACCAGACCGAUCCUGUGAUUCUGGGCAAGAAGUGGUUGAACCAGGAGGAUGUCACCUUGCGAUUAUCGCAGAACCUCUUGCAUAUCGGGACGCACGACCAUUGGGUGAAAGGCCGAGACCCGAAGGAGGAGGAACGGUGCAACAUACGAGGACAGGCGGCGUUCGUGUUCGCCGGAAUGAAGUCAGACCCGAGAGAGAAGCUGCCCCGUCACUACCACGAGUACCUAUCCGUCUUCGACCGCGACCAAGCGGACCAACUCCCACCGCGUCGUCCGGGGUGUGAUCACAAGAUUCAGUUAGAGAGAGGUCCUGAUGACAAGGAGAAAGAACCGCCGUGGGGACCAUUGUACGGCAUGUCACGAGAAGAGCUCAUUGUUCUGCGAAAGACUCUCACUGAGCUACUCGACAAGGGUUUCAUUCGAGCAAGUAGUUCUCCAGCGUCAGCACCAGUUUUGUUCAAAGACCGAUAUCCCUUGCCGUUGAUCGAGGAAACUUUGCGGUCGCUGUCCAAGGCCAAGUGGCUCACCAAACUUGACGUUAUCGCAGCAUUUCACAAGAUUCGCGUCGAGGAGGAGACGAGUGGAAGACAGCAUUCAGAACACCGUUACAUAAACCACACGUUGCGAGAUUUCCUCGACGAGUUCUGUUCCGCUUACAUUGACGACAUCUUGAUCUACUCGAGCGAUGCAGGCCUGCAGAUUGAUAUCGACAAGUGUGACUUUGAGGCAAAGAGUGUCAAGUACCUGGGCUUCAUCGUCGAAGCCGGGAAAGGUAUCCGCGUGGACCCGGAGAAGGUAUUCUCCAACAUCGCCGCGCCUCUAACGGCGUUAACAAAGAAGGAUGCGGUGUUUGCGUGGUCGAAGGAGUGCGACAAGGCCUUCGAGGAGUUGAAGGCUCUUCUGACCAGUGCGCCGGUCCUUGCGCAAUGGGAUCCGGAUAGAGAGACGAUUGUGGAGACGGAUUCAUCCGAAAACGCACCGGCGGAGUGCAACUACCCAAUCCACGAUAAAGAGCUGCUGGCGAUCAUUCGCUGCCUUGAGCAUUGGGACGCCGAAUUGAGGAGUGUGAAGUCCUUUACCGUUUUGACGGAUCAUCUCAACCUCCGUUACUUCACCAAGAAGCAGCAACUGAGUGAACGUCAGGCGCGAUGGGCUGAGACGCUAUCGCGGUACAGCUUCACCAUCAAGCAUCGACCGGGCAAAGAAGCCGUCGUACCGGACACGCUGUCUCGACGAGAACAGGACAUGCCGCACAGCGCCGAAGAUGAUCGGUUGCAAGGACGACGUGUUCAGCUGCUGCAACGUAACAAGGGUGGCCUGGUGACAAAAGUCAAGAGCGGUUAUGUCACCAAGGGCGACACGGAUCAACCCGAUGACGCAACAACUGACCAAGACGACUCAAUCGAAAACCCUUUCUCGGACCCGGAACUGCAGAAGUUAUGGGACGAAGGUGUCAAGAAGCACAAUCGUUAUUGGCUCAUCCGAAAGGCCGUACAGCAAGGCGAGAGGCGUCUGCCGUCGCAUUGGGGACUGCCCGUGAUGCUCUCGGAAUGCUCGAUUGACGAUGGACAGCGGCUCUGCUGGCGAGAGCGAAUUUGGGUGCCGAACCACGAACCCCUGCGACACCCCGGACGGGACAUGCUGAAGUCCUUGUUGAGCCGCAAGUUUUAUUGGCCAGGCCUCGAUUCAGACCCGCUACCUAUUCCAGACAGGAUCUGGUCGGAGCUGUCAAUUGACUUUGUGACAGACCUGCCACCAACCAAGUCGAACGGUUCGACCAACCUUAUGGUCGUGACGGACAGACUGUCCAAAAGUGUCGUUCUUGAGUCAUUGAAGGACAUCACGGCCGAGACGACGGCCAGAGCAUUGCUACGGAACGUGGUGCAACACCAUGGCGUGCCGCGCGCGAUCGAUAACUGGGAAGAGCUGUUGCCAGCGGCCAUGAUGGCCAUCAACAAUCACAACUCGACGUCGACAGGCCUGAGCCCGUUCUUUAUCACGCAUGGGUAUCAUGUUGACCCGAUACAAGUCAAGGAGAAGUUACGGACGGACGGAAGGUCCCCAGUGACCAGGGCUGAAAGCAUUGUGCAACGAUUUCGAGAGGCAACGGAAUGGGCCCAGGCGGCAAUUGCGUCAGCGCAAGAGCAGCAAGAGAAGAACGCCAAUUCGCGAAGACAGCCGUCAGACCAGUUCAAGCCUGGAGACAAGGUAUGGCUGCGACUUCGCAACAUCCGAUCCAAUCGGCCAUCCAAGAAGCUCGAUUGGCUGUCGGCCAAGUACACCGUCCUGGAGACCAUUGGGUCACACGCGUGCAGGCUGGACACGCCUCGGGAAUACACAACGUGUUCCACGUGUCGCUCUUACGCUUAG